GGCACACUGACAGUAUGGCGGCCGAGUUUUGCUGGGAGGAUGCUGCUGUCGCCUGUGAUGACUGUUCUGCCAUCAGAAUGUGAACGGAAUAAGGUCUCUAAAGGGAAAGGAAACCGCUCUAAAGGCCUGUCGCCGUGAUCUAAAGGAUGGCCAGGCUCGCCGAUUACUUUCUUGUGGUCGGAUAUGAUCUCGAAAAGAGAGGGGGUGGUGAGGGUCAAGGCCGGAUUCUCCAGCGUUUCCCAGAGAAGGACUGGGAGGAUAACCCCUUCCCCCAAGGCAUUGAGCUGUUUUGUCAGCCCAGUGGUUGGCAGUUGGUUGCCGAGCGACAGCCGCCCUCCUUCUUCGUGGCUGUGCUGACCGACAUCAACUCGGAGCGACACUACUGCGCCUGCUUCACCUUCUGGGAGGCCGUAGACAACCCACAGCUGCGGAAGGAGGAGGCUAGCGAGGUGGACGAGGAUGAGGGUCCUGGGGAGCCCCUGCCUGCACAACUCUACGGGCCCAAGAGCGUGGUGGUGGUGUCACGGCUUGACCACACCGAGGUGUUCAGGAACUGUCUGGGGUUGAUCUACACCGUUCACGUGGACAGCCUUAAUGUUCCCUUGGAAACGGUCAUCGGAAACCUCCUCACCUGCACCAUUCCCAUCGCCGGGGGCUCUCAGAGGACCAUAACCUUGGGGGCGGGAGACAGACAGGUUAUCCAAACGCCAAUCAACGAUUCCCUGCCUGUGAGUGGCUGCAGCGUGUCCCAGCUCUUCCGACAGCUCGGCAUAGUGAAUGUGCUGUAUUUGUUCUGCGCUGCUUUGACGGAGCACAAGAUCCUGUUCCUGUCGAGCAGCUACCAGCGCCUCACCGACGCCUGCAGAGCCCUCCUCGCCAUCAUGUUCCCCCUCAAAUACAGUUUUACAUAUGUGCCCAUUCUUCCUGGGAAGCUGCUGGAGGUUCUCAGUACUCCCACCCCUUUCAUCAUCGGCGUCAACUCAUUCUUUCGCUCCGAGACGCAAGAGCUGUUAGAUGUCAUCAUCGCCGAUCUGGACGGUGGGACUGUGACCAUUCCGGAGUGUGUGCACAUCUCCCUGCUGCCCGAGCCACUGCUGCAGCACACACAGACGGUCCUCUCCAUGGUCCUGGAUCCUGAGUUAGAGGUGGCAGACCAUGCCUUUCCCCCUUCCUCAAUACAGCCCUCCACGCAGAAGAUCCAGGAUAAGGAGAUCCGGGCUGUGUUUCUGUGGCUCUUUGCUCAGCUGUUCCAGGGUUACCGCUGGUGUCUUCACAUCAUCCGCAUUCAUCCUGAGCCAGUUAUACGCUUUCACAAGGCUGCAUUCCUGGGCCAGCGAGCUCAGACGGAGGAUGAUCUCCUGACGAAGGUCCUGGACGGCAUGGCCUUUGCGCGCUUCGUGUCCGAGCGGGGUCCACCUUACCGCCCUACCGACCUGUUCGACGAACUGGUAGCCAAUGAGGUGACGCGGAUUCGUCAGGAAGAGACCAUGCCACGCAAAGUGCUGAGCCACGCCAGGGAGCUCGCCCAACAGCUGUUUAAAAACGAGAACCCGUACCCUGCUGUGGCCAUGCACAAGGUGCAGCGUCCGGCCGACGUGACGCAGUCUCGGCCCUUCACCGCCCCCUCUUGCUGCUUCCCCCAUCUGGACGAGGUGACCGUGCAGCUGUUCAUCGACCACGCCAACGCCAAGCUCAAGAGCGCCCCGCCUGUCGUCCGGCCUGAACUCAAGGCCAUGGUGCCCUCCGGUCCACCACUGGUGGACUUUGUGGACCGCAAUGGGAAUGUGCUGGCCAAUAGUGCGCGCCGGUUAGAGGUCGUACGGAACUGCAUCAACUACAUCUUUGACAACAAGAUGCUGGAAGCUAAGAAGCUGAUGCCAGCGGUGUUGCGUGCGCUGAAGGGUCGAGCAGCACGCGUGUGUCUCACGCAGGAGCUCAAUCAGCACGUCCUGCAGAACCGAGCCGUGCUGGAUGACCAGCAGUUCGACUACGUCGUUCGCAUGAUGAACUGCACUUUACAGGACUGCUCCCAUAUGGAUGAGCAUGGAAUUGCAGCUGCCUUGCUGCCUCUCGUCACUGCCUUCUGUCGAAAACUGGGUGGGGGCAUUACUCAGUUUGCGUACAGCUGUGUGCAGGAGCACAUGGUGUGGACCAACAUGCAGUUCUGGGAGGCCAUGUUCUACAGCGACGUGCAGAAACACAUCAGAGCGCUCUAUCUGGAGACGGACUCGGACGCACCCAGCACGGAGGCGGAGGGUGUGUCGUCGGCGGAGCAGAGCGCUCUGGAGCUGGCGUCGGAGCAGAGCCGGCUGUGGCCCACGCUGAGCAAGGAGCAGCAGCAGGAGCGUGUGCAGAAAGAGGAGAGCACCGUGUUCAGCCAGGCCAUCCACUACGCCAACCGCAUGAGCUACCUGCUGCUGCCCCUCGACACCAGCAAGAACCGGCUGCUCCGCAACACCGGCCUGGGGGACGGAGAGAGCGUUAGCAACAGCUACCUCACCAACAGCAUCGCGGGCAGCAUGGCUGAGAGUUAUGACACGGAGAGUGGUUUUGAGGACGCGGAGACGUCGGACGUUGCCAACUCGGUGGUGCGCUUCAUCAACCGCUUCGUGGACAAAGUGUGUAACGAGAGCGGCGUCACCAACGAGCACCUGAAGGCACUGCACACCAUGAUUCCAGAUAUUGUCCAGAUGCACAUCGAGACGCUGGACGCUGUGCACCGGGAGAGUAAACGGCUGCCGCCCAUCCAAAAGGUAUCCAACUCACGCUUUUACCUGCCGCUGCCGCUGCCUGCACCGCCUCCUACUGCCCCGCCAUCUGCCCCAUCUGCCCCAUCUGCCCCAUCUGCCUCCUACUGCCCCGCCAUCUGCCCCAUCUGCCCCAUCUGCCCCAUCUGCCCCGCCUGCCCCAUCUGCCCCAUCUGCCCCAUCUGCCCCAUCUGCCCCGCCUGCCCCGCCAUCUGCCCCAUCUGCCCCAUCUGCCCCAUCUGCCCCAUCUGCCCCCCCAUCUGCCCCAUCUGCCCCAUCUGCCCCAUCUGCCCCAUCUGCACCGCCUCCUACUGCCCCAUCUGCCCCAUCUGCCCCAUCUGCCCCAUCUGCCCCGCCUCCUACUGCCCCAUCUGCCCCAUCUGCCCCGCCUCCUACUGCCCCAUCUGCCCCAUCUGCCCCAUCUGCCCCAUCUGCCCCGCCUCCUACUGCCCCGCCAUCUGCCCCAUCUGCCCCAUCUGCCCCAUCUGCCCCGCCAUCUGCCCCAUCUGCCCCAUCUGCCCCAUCUGCUCCUGCCCCAUCUGCCCCAUCUGCCCCGCCAUCUGCCCCAUCUGCCCCAUCUGCCCCGCCUCCUACUGCCCCGCCAUCUGCCCCAUCUGCCCCGCCAUCUGCCCCCCCAUCUGCCCCAUCUGCCCCGCCAUCUGCCCCAUCUGCCCCAUCUGCCCCCCCAUCUGCCCCAUCUGCCCCGCCAUCUGCCCCAUCUGCCCCAUCUGCCCCGCCAUCUGCCCCAUCUGCUCCUGCCCCAUCUGCCCCAUCUGCCCCGCCAUCUGCCCCAUCUGCCCCAUCUGCCCCAUCUGCCCCGCCAUCUGCCCCAUCUGCUCCUGCCCCAUCUGCCCCAUCUGCCCCGCCAUCUGCCCCAUCUGCCCCAUCUGCACCGCCAUCUGCCCCAUCUGCCCCAUCUGCUCCUGCCCCAUCUGCCCCAUCUGCCCCGCCAUCUGCCCCAUCUGCCCCAUCUGCACCGCCAUCUGCCCCAUCUGCCCCAUCUGCCCCAUCUGCUCCUGCCCCAUCUGCCCCAUCUGCCCCAUCUGCCCCGCCAUCUGCCCCAUCUGCCCCAUCUGCCCCGCCAUCUGCCCCAUCUGCCCCAUCUGCCCCAUCUGCCCCAUCUGCUCCUGCCCUGCCACCUACUGCACCUGCACCUCCCAUGACCACCUCCUGCUCCUCCUCCUGCUCCUCCUCCUGCUCCUCCUCCAGCCACUGAUCCCCCCCACACUCUGUAGCCCCCACCUCACCCUGCCACUGCAGGUAGGUCUGCAUGUGCCCCCACCCCUCUCCCUGCACGGCCCCAAGAGCAUGCUGGGAAAUGUAUGCGGCCCGCCCCUGGGGGAGCAGGUGGUGACGCGCUCGUUCCCUGUGGCGUCUCUGACGAAGGAGAAGCGCAUCUCGGUCAGCCUGCCCAUGGACCAGUUCCUCCAGGAGGGCCUGCAGCUCCGCUCCAGCACCUUCCAGCUGAUGAAGGUGGCGUUUGACGAGGAGGUGGCGUCGGACCUGGCGGAGGUGUUCCGGAAGCAUCUACACAAGCUGCGCUACCCGCAGCACGUCCAGGGAACCUUCGCCUUCACUGUGGGCCACUCGGCCAAGAUGGUGGUGGAGCACAAGACCAAGGACAAGAACCAGUCCCUCAAAACCCUGUCUAAAAACCUGGUGAAGAGUGCAAAGCGUACGAUUGGCCGGCAGUACGUGACACGGAAGAAGUACACCCCGCCCACCUGGGAGAACCGCAGCAGCCUGCCGUCAGAGAUGGACGAGGACGAGAUCUCAGUAUGUGAAGAGCCAGACCAGAGCUCCCUGACGCUCUCCUCCACCAUCCGCUCGUCCGACCGCCAGACCAUGAGCAACGUGGUGGAGCGCGCCUGUUGCCGUGACUACCAGCGACUGGGUUUGGGCACGCUCAGUAACAGCCUGACGCGCUCUAAGAACGAACCCUUUCGCAUCUCCACCGUCAACCGCAUGUACACCGUCUGCAGGAGUUACCCGGGGCUGCUGAUCGUGCCGCAGAGUGUUCCGGACUCCACCAUCCAGCGGAUCUCGCGCUGCUACCGACAGAACCGGUUCCCCGUGGUGUGCUGGCGGAACUCGCGCACCAAAGCGGUUCUGCUGCGAUCGGCAGGACUGCACGCCAAGGGGGUGGUGGGCUUCUUCAAAUCCCCCAACGCCCCCUCUGGAGGUCCUUCUCAGGCCGACUCCACGGGUCUGGAGCAAGAGAAGUACCUGCAGGCCAUCGUCAGCUCCAUGCCCUCCUACAGUGAGGCCGGCGGCAGGAACACGCUCAGUGGGUUCACCUCCACGCACAUGAGCUCGUCAGACUCAAGUGAUAAGUUGCGGCAACCCAAGAUUGGUGCUCUGAUGAAACAGGUGAUGGGGGGCAAAGAGGACAUGCCUGGAACGUUUAGCCGAGGAGCUCUGGGUCAGAAGGCUAGGGUGGUGUCACUCACCCCGUCCCGAGUCUCCUCCCACCGCACGCCCCGAGGUAAGUGGGGGAGCAUCCGUGGCAGUGGGCGUCUGAGUGCCUACAACCCUGACGUGGGAAACCGUCUGGCGGGGAAAGACUCUUCGCAGCCCAACGGAGGCCCUGCAGACACCUUCUUCAGACAGCAGAGGGCGCACCUCUACAUCAUCGGAGACAAGGCCCAGCUCAAGGGCGGGAAGCAGGACUCGUUCCAGCAGUGGGAGUUGGUUCCCAUCGAGGUGUGUGACGUGCGGCAAGUGAAGAACAGCUUCAAGAAGCUGAUGAAGGCCUGCGUCCCCUCCACACCCACCACUGACCCCAACAUGUCCUUCCACCGCUGCCUAGAGGAGUCUGAGUGGAUGAACCUGUUACACAGAGUGCUGCAGGUGUCGGUGUUGGUGGUGGAGCUUCUGGAUUCGGGCUCCUCUGUGAUGGUCAGCUUAGAGGAUGGAUGGGACGUUACCACUCAGGUGGUAUCUCUGGUGCAGUUGCUCUCUGACCCCUACUACCGCACGUUCGAUGGCUUCCGGCUGCUGGUGGAGAAGGAGUGGCUAUCGUUUGGUCAUCGCUUCAGCCAUCGCGGUGGCCAGACCCUCGCCAGCCAGAGCAGCGGCUUCACCCCGGUCUUCCUGCAGUUCCUCGACUGCGUGCACCAGAUCCACCUUCAGUUCCCCAUGGAGUUUGAGUUCAGCCAGUACUACCUGAAGUUCCUGGCCUACCACUACGUGUCCAACCGCUUCCGCACUUUUCUACUCGACUCCGACUACGAGCGCAUUGAGCUGGGAGUGUUAUAUGAGGAGAAAGGGGAACGCAGGAACCCCCAGGUGUGUAAGUCGGCAUGGGACUACAUUGACCGGCUCAACAAGAAGACGCCCGUCUUCUACAACUACAUGUUUGCCCCAGAGGACGAGGAGGUGCUGAAGCCCUACAGCUUCAUCUCCAACCUGAAGGUGUGGGACUUCUACACGGAGGAGAGGCUGGCUGAGGGUCCGGCGUAUGAUUGGGAGCUGGCCCGCGGGCGGCAGGAGGAGCGCGUUGCCGAGGAGACCGUCUCCGUGGCGGCUGCCGAGCGGCCGGACACAACUGCGCCCAAGUCCCAGCGCCGCAUCGUCUGGCCCUGUUACGACAACACCAGCAGAGUGCUGCCCGACGCCAUCACCAAGCUGCUGCAGGAAGUGCAGGUGCUGGAGCUGGAGUUGGGGCAGGUGUCGGAGAAAUGGAAGGACACCUGGGACAAGAUCAAGACCACCCAGAGAACUGAGACCAAACUGGAGAGCAGGCAUUCCUUCUCCAGCUCGCUGCUCAUGUCGUCCAACCUGAGUCACCAGCGGCGCUCGCAGGGCGUCUACCUGCAGGAGAGCAGUGUGGGCUCGUCCAUCAACCUGGCGCUGGACUGCGAGGCCUCGGCCGGCGCUACGCCCGCCACCGGACGCACCAGCACCAGCACCCUCUACUCCCAGUUCCAGAGCACCGAGAGCGAGAACAGGAGUUAUGAAGGUAUCCUAUUCAAGAAAGGGGCUCUGCUGAAGCCGUGGAAGCCUCGCUGGUUUGUCCUGGACAAGACCAAACACCAGUUGCGUUACUAUGACUCCCGUAAGGACAAGGAGUGCAAGGGCGUGAUUGAGUUGGCCGAGGUGGAGGCGGUCAUUCCAGGCAUGCCCACCAUGGGGGCACCAAAGCACAUAGAGGAGAAAGCCUUCUUCGACCUAAAGACGACCAAACGUGUGUAUAACUUCUGUGCCGAGGACAGCCUGAACGCCCAGUUAUGGAUGGACAGUGUCCAGAGCUGCCUCUCCGAUGCAUAGGAGGGGGAGGAGUCCCAGCUUCAAAUGAACGACCAAUCAGACCUUUCAGCCACAUCACAUGACCCCGCCUCCGGGAUGGUGUCUUGAUGGACAGCUUUGUGGGGCCAAUCACGCUUGUUCCUCCCUCCCUCCCCCGGGGGAUGGGUGGUGACUGAUGUGGCGAUGGGCGGGCCUUUAGCGUGUGGCGCUCUCUGGUUAGUGUUUCCGUGGCGAUGGGCGGGCCUUUAGCGUGUGGCGCUCUCUGGUUGGUGUCUCCCUGUCGAACUUUGAUGAUGUCACAUCACCAAGUCUCAGUUUUGUUUUUUUAAUGAAAGAAAGAAAAAAAAGACUAAAAAAAAAAAGUAAAGUCUUGGUUGGCCUUAAUCGACCCUCCUGUCAAACACACACACACACACACACACACACACACACACACACACACACACACACACACACACACACACACACGGACAUAUGUGUGUGUACGAGUGUGUGCUUGUGUGUAUAUAUGCAGCAGACUCACUAACCACUAGCCCUAAUGCCCCCUACUGCCCCGACCGUUGCAGAGGAUUUGACGGCAUGAUGUCAUCCGAAGUCCAGUUUACUGAAACAGGGGCACCAGUGUGGACCAGCAUGCACCACCACUGACUCUCCACACACUCCUCACACACUCCCCACACACUCCCAAAAAAAGAGAAAGAGACUCGCUCUGUUGCCACGGUGAUACCCAUAUUACACCAUGACCCCCCUGUCCUGAUCUCACAGCUCUGCACUGCCAGCAGGGCAACGGUUACACACACACACACACACACACACACACACUGCCGAUUCCUUCCCUUUAAUCCGUGAUGACGACUUUGAUGCUACAUUGUCUCCUUAUGCUCUGGCUUUGCACCAGACCAGCGGUUCAUGAAGGACUUUUACUCCCCCCCCCCCCCCCAUCUCUCUUGUGUGACAGGAGGAGGGUUGAAGCCCCCCCCCCCCCCCAUCUCUCUUGUGUGACAGGAGGAGGGUUGAAGCUCGUUGGCGGCCCCUGCUGGCCAAAGCGUGUAUUGCAUUUCCCCUCCCUCCCUCAUGCCAGUGUGAGAUUACUGCUCCGCUCAGACGGCUCGUUUACAUGGAAGUCUCUCCAGUCUCCUCUCAGCAAGUCCAUAUAGAAGCAGAACACAAACACUUUACUUCACCACUGAAGGGGUGAGGAUGACGUAGGACACGGAGGGUUAUAUUUUGAUAGAACAUUUAUGCAUAGAAUGAAAUAUUACAUUAAAUAUGGAGGGGGGGGGGGGGGGAGUAUUAGUUUGUGUUCACAUCCCAUAGUGAUGCAAGGCGGUAUAACUGGUUGUCAUGACGAGUGUCUGUAGAGGGGUUAGAGGUCAAAAGGUCAUGCAUGACCUGACUGUUCAGUAGGCUAGCUGUUUUAAAAGGUGUUUUAUGGAACCCUGCCAUCUACGAUGCUUUCAUAUCUGGCUAGACAUUUCUGAAGACAGGGCAGCGGGUGGGGGGGGGGGGACAGUAGCCACUGUUGGCCAGCAGAGACGCCUGCUUACUGGAGUCAUGGAAACGAACACAGUAGACUUGAGUGGGGGCAUGACGCACACACACACACACACACACACACACACACAUCAUAAAGUCACUCUUAGAAUGUGUGUUUGCAUUUAUUCUGUCAGUGAUGAGUCACCACUAGCUGAGCUCUGCAGUGUGUGUGUGUGUGUGUGUGUGUAUAUAUAUGUGCACGUGUGGGUGUGUGUGAGGACUCCUGUAAUCAGCAUGUCUUCCAGAAACAGUGUUUUAGCUUGCGGGCCUGCAGAGGAGGAGUGUAUGUGUGCGUGCGCGUGUGUGUGUGUGUGUGUGUGUGUGUGUGUGUGUGUGUGUGUGUGUGUGUGUGUGUGUGUGUGUGUGCGCCCGCCCGCCCCCUACAGUGUUGUCCCCUCAGCUAGGAGAUGUAGCCAUUAGCGAUUUUUAGCCAUUAGUUUAGUUUUGUUCUGGCCGCUGGGCUGUCAGUAUGCCGAAGAAGUAUCACAUCUAUUGUACCUGUCAACUUUCCUCCUCUACAUUUAAACAGCGCAACCACAACAACCCAGCUAUGCCCACUCAUCUCUACACACACACACACACACACACACACACAAUUGACAUUACAGUGUAAGAUAUGGUUGUACUGCUGUUUCGUUGAACUGUUUUUUUUUUUUUUUUCGAAUUGUAGAUUUUUGUUCUAAUAACGGCUUUGUAUAUACUACUCAGAGUUGUAUGUAACAUUUAUGGUAGUAAUUUAUUUAACUUUUUUUGUCUUCUUAAGAAACAAAAGUUCUUUUCAAGCACCUCUCUUUUUGAGUUAGAUAAAUCAAAUAUGUGCCAUUCGUUUGUCUCUGUAUUAACGUAACUAAUGCUUUUGUUUUUUGAGAACUUUAAAUACUGCUAAAAGGGUUUUAAAAUAAGAAACCCUCAUUGUGUUGUUUAAAAAGAAGUUGGUUUAAACUGCGUGUCCUAAUUCCCCCUGUGUGUGUGCGCACAAUGGGAGGAGUGUGAGGAAGAAGCAGUGCAUCAGACGGCAUUUUGUUGCCAUGGUGACUGGUGUUUUGUUUUGUUUUUGUUUGGUUAACCAAGUUACGGUUUGGGGGGUUAUUGCUCUCGCACUCUAAACACAGACAAUACACUCUUCACAGGCUACUCUGACUUCCUCACAGUUUUUUUGAUGCACAAUCUCCACAUCUUUCAAACAGAACAAAAAUGAAUUUGAUUUCUUUUCAUACUUUUCUUUUUUCGGUUCUCCUUCCCUUUUUCUGUUUUUUAAAAAGAAAAGAAAUAGAAAUAUUCUUCUGAGCCGGGUUCUUUUUUUUUGUCAAUCAUGUAAAAUAUUUUUUAGGAUUAAAAAUGAAAACAGUGAGUUUCAUUGUCACUGGGCCUUGCUUUUGUUUCUUUUCUUUUUUUUAAUUUGUAAUUUCAUGUUUCUGCUCUGCUUCCAACACGUCUUGUGUGUCUCAUACUAGUUGUUUCCUGUUUGUUUUGUAAAGUGUUUCUUUCUUUCUUUUUUUGGAAUCCAAACCGAAGACCCAUCAGGUCAGCUUCCUCCUCCUCCUCCCUGUGUGUCACGAGGGAAUGUCCGUCUGUGUUGUACAGUACUCGGUCCUUUAAUAAACGCUGAUGGUAGGCCAUUAAACAGCUGCCCAUAAGUCCCCAUCUAAUGAUUUUA